AGAAGUUUAGAGGUAAUGUUGGUUAAAGUAAUUUCUCUGUGGUUUUCAGAAGAGGACCUGUCGCCCUUCUUGUAUGAUGCUGGUUCGCGCUAUGUUUUUGUUGGUGAUGCCAGUGGGAGAAUAACUUUACUGAACUUGAAUCAAAAUGGUGACCAAGCGGAAUGUCGUGUGGUCAGAGAAUUACGCGGUCAUGAACAAUCCGUCACUUGUUUAUCGUGGGAUAGUGUCAAGUCGCAUUUGUUCUCCAGCAGCUCCGAUAAAUCGGUCAUUCUUUGGGAUAUUGGAGGAGCAAAAGGGGCAGCAAUGGAAUUACAAGGACAUACGAAAGAAGUUUCAUCCGUUUUAUGGUGGCCCGGUGGAAAUGCUUGUGUUGCCGCAGCCGCUGCCAGAGACCAAAGUCAAUACGAAGGAUUGGCAGUGUCUGGUGGCCACGACGGAUUGUUAAUCUUCUGGUACAUGGAUCCUUCUCGCGCGGAAACACCUAACUGGUCUGAAAGUGAUGUUUGCCAAAUAUGUGCUGCCCCUUUCUUCUGGAAUGUUAAAAAAAUGUGGAGCAUUAUGUCCGUCGGAGUAAGACAGCAUCAUUGCCGACGAUGUGGAAAGGCGGUAUGUGACAAAUGCUCACCUUUUCGUUCAACCUUGCCGGCUCUUGGAUUCGAACGAGAUGUCAGAGUGUGCAACACGUGUUGGCCUCUUCAUCCUUCUCUUUUAUCCAAAUGGGCGGCCGAAGGACAGCAAUCAAUGAUAGCGUUACUUUUCAGAAAAUCCUCGAAUACUGCGCUUGUAAACUGGGGGCCGUUAUCUGUGCAUGGUGUUUUAGUCACCCCAUAUAUUGCGAACUCAAACGCACUUUGUUGA